AUGGCCCACCAGCUCCUCCUCCCCUCCAAGCCCCUCCUGCCCGCCACCGCGGCCGCCGCCACCCCGCGCCGCGCGGUCCGCUCCGUCGUCUCCGUCCGCGCGGCGGUCUCCGCGUCCUCCGCACCCGCCGCGAAGGCCGCCGGGGCCGAGGCCGUGCGGUCGAUCCGCGCGCGCCAGAUCGUGGACAGCCGCGGGAACCCCACCGUCGAGGUCGACCUCGUCGCCGGCGACGGCAGCCUCCACCGCUCCGCCGUGCCCAGCGGCGCCUCCACGGGGAUCUACGAGGCGCUCGAGCUCCGCGACGGGGACAAGGCCGUCUACGGGGGCAAGGGCGUCCUCACCGCCGUACGCAACAUCAACGACGUCAUCGCGCCCAAGCUCGUCGGCGUCGACGUCAGGAACCAGAGUGAUGUUGAUGCGAUCAUGCUUGAAAUCGAUGGAACCCCAAACAAAUCACAAUUGGGUGCCAAUGCUAUUCUUGGAGUCUCUUUAAGUGUAUGCAGGGCUGGAGCUAGCGCAAAGGGAGUUCCUCUGUAUAAACAUAUUCAGGAGCUGUCAGGCACCAAGGAGCUUGUCAUGCCUGUCCCAGCUUUCAAUGUAAUAAACGGAGGUAGCCAUGCCGGUAACAACCUGGCCAUGCAGGAAUUCAUGCUUUUACCAGUUGGGGCAACAUCGUUUGCUGAGGCUCUUCGUAUGGGCAGUGAAGUUUACCAUGUUCUUAAGGGCAUCAUUAAGGCAAAAUACGGUCAAGAUGCCUGCAAUGUUGGAGAUGAGGGGGGCUUUGCUCCUAAUGUUCAAGACAACAGGGAGGGCCUUGUGUUGCUUAUGGAUGCCAUCGAGAAGGCAGGCUACACAGGAAAGAUUAAAAUUGGAAUGGAUGUUGCGGCUUCAGAAUUCCUUAUGAAGGAUGGAAGCUAUGAUUUGAACUUCAAGAACCAGCCUAAUAAUGGAGCUCAUGUUCUUUCCGCCCCACGUCUCUGUGAUCUUUACAAAGAGUUCGUCAAGGAUUUCCCUAUUGUAUCCAUUGAGGAUCCUUUUGAUCAAGAUGACUGGAGCUCAUGGACUUCGUUGCAAUCCUCAGUUGAUAUCCAAAUUGUUGGGGAUGAUUUGCUUGUCACAAACCCCAAACGGAUAGUAGAGGCUAUUGGCAAGAAAGCCUGCAAUGCUCUGCUGCUGAAGGUUAAUCAGAUUGGCACCAUCACGGAAUCAAUCCAAGCUGCUCUUGAUUCUAAAGCUGCUGGUUGGGGCGUGAUGGUCAGCCACAGGAGUGGUGAAACAGAAGAUAACUUCAUCGCGGAUCUAGCUGUUGGUUUAGCGAGCGGGCAGAUAAAGACAGGGGCUCCAUGCAGAAGCGAGAGAUUGGCCAAGUACAAUCAGCUUGUGCGGAUUGAAGAGGAGCUAGGCAACGUGAGGUACGCCGGGGAAGCGUUCAGGUCUCCAUGAUAAACCAGAAUUACAGAAUACUGGUACUAGAGCCGUUAAAAUUUCUACAGGGGCACCAUUGGUGUGCACAUCCUGUCGACUAGAAAUAAGGUAUAUGUAGGGCGUAUCAAUUCAUGAUAUCUUCUUGUACCCUGGCGCAUCCCAUUUUUUGCGGCUAACAUUUAUCGCAGAAGAUGCAUGCUAUUAUUACCUGCAUCUGUACCUUGAGCUACGAUACAUUUUCCUUGAUGAACAACAUGGAUGAUUAAUUACUUUUGGCGAAGAGUAAAACAUGUAGCAA